CGGGGGAGCGGAGGCGGCCCCGGCGCCGCCCGCGCCCGAGCCUGUGUGCUCGGCCGCCGCCCCCUCGGCCCUCCCCUCGGCCCUCCCCUCGGCCCCCUCCGCCCUCGCGCGCCGCCCGCCCGGGUCGCGGCGGGGCCGUGGUGUACGUGCAGAGCGCGCAGAGCGAGUGGCGCCCGCACGCCCUGCGCUCUUCCACAGGCCGGGCCGGGCAGCCCCGGACGGUGAGGCGGCGGCGGCGGCGGCCGGGGCGGCCGAUCUCGCGCGUCCGGGCCCGCGUGCCCGAGCGGAGGUCGCCGUCCGCCGCGCAGGCCGCAGUCCCUCAGCUCGCGGCAGCGAUGAGGCCCUGAGGCGGCCGCCGGCGCUGCGCGGCAGGACCCGAGGACGAGGCAGCGGCCGGGCCGAGAGCGCGGGGCGCCGGCCUCCCUCAGGCGAGGAGUGGCGGGUGCGUGGCGCAGUGACGGCCUCUGCCGCUCCGCCCGUUCCCCGGCCCCGGGCGAGGCCCUCCGGCCGCCACCCGUCCUGCUCGGCCGCCGUCGCCAACGCCGCCGCCGCCAACGCCGCCGCCAUGGCUAAUGACAGCGGCGGGCCCGGCGGGCCGAGCCCGAGCGAGCGAGACCGGCAGUACUGCGAGCUGUGCGGGAAGAUGGAGAACCUGCUGCGCUGCAGCCGCUGCCGCAGCUCCUUCUACUGCAGCAAGGAGCACCAGCGCCAGGACUGGAAGAAGCACAAGCUAGUGUGCCAGGGCGGCGAGGGCGCCCCGGGCCCCGGAGCGGGCCAGCACCGUCACCCCGGCUCCGCGCCGCCCGCCUCCGCGCCGCCGCCCAGGGCCGGCGGGGCCGGGGCCAGGGAGGCCAGGAAGGCAGUGCCGCGCCGGGACAGCGCCGCCGCCGUCGAGAAUGCGGGCGCGCGGGCCGCCGGGGACGCGGCCAAGGCAAAGGCCAAGCCCGCGGCCGACCCCGCGGCGGCCGCUCCCCCGCUUCGCGCGGCUGCAGGCGGCCAGGGCCAGGCGGCGGCGGCGGCCGAGGUGGAGCCCGCGAAGGAGGAGGUGCUGGCCCGCGCGUCGCAGUACCAGGAGAAGGCGAACCUGUACCCGCCGAGCAACACGCCGGGCGAGGGGCUGAGCCACGGCGGCGGCCUGCGGCCCAACGGGCAGACGAAGCCCCUGCCGGCGCUGAAGCUGGCGCUGGAGUACAUCGUGCCGUGCAUGAACAAGCACGGCAUCUGUGUGGUGGACGACUUCCUGGGCAUGGAGACCGGGCAGCAGAUCGGCGACGAGGUGCGCGCCCUGCACGACACCGGCAAGUUCACGGACGGGCAGCUGGUCAGCCAGAAGAGUGACUCGUCCAAGGACAUCCGAGGCGAUAAGAUCACCUGGAUCGAGGGCAAGGAGCCCGGCUGCGAAACCAUCGGGCGGCUCAUGAGCAGCAUGGACGACCUGAUCCGCCACUGUAACGGGAAGCUGGGCAACUACAAAAUCAAUGGCCGGACGAAAGCUAUGGUUGCUUGUUAUCCAGGCAACGGAACGGGUUAUGUACGUCACGUUGAUAAUCCAAAUGGAGAUGGAAGAUGUGUGACGUGUAUAUAUUAUCUUAAUAAAGACUGGGAUGCCAAGGUAAGUGGAGGUAUACUUCGAAUUUUUCCAGAAGGCAAAGCCCAGUUUGCUGACAUUGAACCCAAAUUUGAUAGACUGCUGUUUUUCUGGUCUGACCGUCGCAACCCUCAUGAAGUACAACCAGCAUAUGCUACAAGGUACGCAAUAACUGUUUGGUAUUUUGAUGCAGAUGAGAGAGCGCGAGCUAAAGUAAAAUAUCUAACAGGCGAAAAAGGUGUGAGGGUUGAACUCAAUAAGCCUUCUGAUUCAAUCAGUAAAGACGUCUUAUAGAGCCUUUGAUCCAGCAAUACCCCCCUUCACCUACAGUAAUUGUUGACGCGAUUUGUUAACUUGUGAAUACAAAUAAGUGGGAUAAAGACAAAUAGACAACCAGUUGGCAUUUUAAUAAGGAAACAGAAACAACUUCUUUGUGUUGCAUCAGAAGGAAGAUCUGGACUGCGUGACUUUGUACUGCACGAUCGACUCCAAACCUGUGAUUGCUAAUGGGAAGAGUAUAAGCCACCAGCUGACAAUGGUAUUGACAUCUGGACAUGAAAUAAGUGCCCUCGGUAGAAUUUUUUCAUUCUUAAUAUUUUGCCAGAUCUGUCAUCUAGAUGAGUUCAUUUCAUCGCUCCCUUUUUUAUAUAGUCAAGUUUGAAUUUGAAGUAAUUUUUGUAUGAUCAGGUACAAUAUAUCAAAACUGAAUUGAGAAAAAAUUACAGUAUUAUUCCCCAAAAUAGCAUCGAUCUAUUUUUGUAAACUUCUUCGUACUAUUAAAUUUUGCCCUAAAAGACCUCUCAUAAUGAUUGUUGCCAGUGACUGAUGAUUCCUUUCAUUUUCUUUUUACCUAACGUAAGAAAAGGAGCACUUUACUCACCAACUAAAAAAUCAGAUUGUUUUGUAGUCCCGUCUUGUACACUAAUUUGAACUCUUAAAAAUUGCUGCUGUCGUUUUUUUGACAUUGUUAAUGGAACAUAACAGUACAAACCAUCACCAUUUACUACUACAAAUAACUUUCAGUUCACAUUUUAUAAGAAAAAAUACCCAGAAGGCUUUAUUUUUUAAGUUAGAAUUUUUACAAGACUAAAGUGACUGGCACUAAAUGAACUUGAUCUGCCCUCCGCAUCAAGUUCCCGAGAUAAAGGGCUUUCUCACGCUUUCAGGUAUAUUCUGUAGAUGUAGAAGGUAACGUCCCCUUCCUAAGAGCUCUCCUUCCCAGCCAGUCAGUCGUACUUCCAAUUUUGCUGUUAUGUUUUCCUCCUCCUGCGACCCACGUGAUGUGCAGAUCAGAACCUUGCUUCUGUUGGAUGGCGUCGGGGCGGGGGCGGGCGGACAGAGCGCCAGGGCUGAGCCGAGGUAGCGCAGACCAGUGCUGAGGCCGGUAUUCCCUAGGCGUGAUACCCGCCUCCUUGUCAGUACUGAAAGGUGUGUGUUUAGCUUAAAAAAACAAAAGAAGUGGAAAACCAGAUGAUUUUUUCUGUUUUAUGAUUUUUCUUUUACUUUUCAGAAGAAGAGGGAAUAUUACAGUAUCACACAAGGCCUCCCAGACUUCUGUUUUUUGAUACAUGAACUGGGAUGGAUACAUAAGACUUCAUUUUCCUGGGCUAGUCUUUAGCAGAGCCCAGAGGGUGGUAUCCGUAUUUAACGUGAAUUGGGGUCUAGACCUUGCCCACUUCAGUUUUCUAUCUCUGUCCUUAAUCUUUGCCAAAAUGUGUGUACAGAAAUAUUUCUGUAUAUUUCAACUUAUGACAGUUUUAGUAUCUGUAUAGUUUGUAUUCAAUUAGAGACCUUUUCUAUGGAAAGCUCAGUAAUUUUUAUUAAAAGAUUGCUAUUCAUGUAAAACAUGAAAAAAAAAAAUCUAGUGAGACCAACAGUGUGGACUUAGGGUGGGGUUAAAUAUUCAGUAUCGUGAUCUCACUUAGAACUUGCAGGAGAAAAUUAGAGCUUAUGGUUGUUUUUCCUUGCCCGUGUUCAGUUUUGUUCCACUUCCUCUCUCUGUUCCAGAUAAUGCAAUGUAACAUCUCUCUAGUAAGUGCCUCUGCCAGCCGGACCUGGGAGAGCAAGCUGUCUUUGCCAUCUGGUCUGCGUGCGGCACGCUGCACUCGGCCUUGACUCAGAAACGCUGUCAUGUUUAGGUCUAGUGGAGACUGUUCUGUUGAUGGGGGGAGGGGGGGUUGUGUGAUUGUCAGGGUGGGAGCCCUGUGUCAUUCACAUGUGUGUCUCUGCAGUUGUGCAAAGUGUCAGAUUCUACUCUAUGUGGGUUGUGCUUUCCAGGCAGGUCUUGACAUUUGUACUUUUCGGAAAAUGUUAUCUAAUUCCUUGGAGAUCAUUGUGAAAGGAUCAAGGAAUCCAGGAGAGCCAUUUCUUUAAUAUCCAUUUAAAACCUGUUCGUUUCAUGUUAGCGGGACCGUUAACUUGUCACCAAACAGGACUCUGUUUAAGACAAAAUUUAAAACUACUUGUGGCCUAUAUAUGUUUAAUCCUAGUUAAAGACAAAGCUUCUAAUGCUGUUUUUCAUUGAAUACAUUAACUGGCUGUAAAACACAGACCUUUAUCAACAGCAGGCAAAGAAUUUCAGGAUUCAUAUACAGAUAGACGGGAAAGUCAUGUAAUUUGAAAAGCAGUGUUCCGUUACGAAAGAGCUCUCAAGUUGCUUGUAAAGCUAAUCUAAUUAAAAAGAUGUAUAAAUGUUCUUGAAAAAUUA